AGGGCGGCAUGUUCUACCACCGCAUGAAGAUGUACAAGCCGGGCCAAGAGCAGUUCGCCAGCUACGAGCCCGACCACUACAAAGUGGAGGACAUGUUCGUGGGCAACCGCCUGCACCUCAACGAGCACGAGUUCCUGCUGGUGGACGCCGACGAGUACGCGCUGCGCUACCUCGAGUGCCACGGCGCAGAGUUUCCGAAGAACGAUGUAAAUCAAACAUUGGAUAAGCUUAGAACACAUAUGUUUAAAGAUCCACACUACAAAGAGGUUUUAAGAAAGUAUAUGGAAAAGAAAGAAGAGUGUAAAGAAGACACAAAAGGAAUUGUUUCGUACUGCGAUAUGAGGAAAAUCUUAAAGGAGACGUUUGGUGAAGAAAUAACUGAACAAGAAUUGAUAACCAUUGCCCGAAAAUAUAAUGCUUGUUGCAGAAAGUCUAAGAUAGACAAGGAAACCCUGAGGUCGAUCGUGCACACGGAGCUGAAGCGCUUCCUGUUCGCCGACCUGGAGCGGCUGCUCGAGGGCUUCUGCGAGCUGGACCGCGGGCGCACGGGCUUCGUGCCGCGCCCCAGGGCCUACGCGCUGUGCCGCGCCGCGCGCCUCCCGGUCGACAAGGCGCUGCUGCUCGCCCUCCUCGACGCAAUGCCUGAGAAUGAAAAUCACGAGAUCAGCUACCCUGACUUGGUGCAGUUCUUAGAUUACAAAAAACAUCCUUGUUUCCAUUCAAUUCCUAUUAAUCAAAAGAUAACGUUCGGAAUUGACGAUAAGUCUCCGGAGCCUGCAGUUAGUUUUGUGGAUCUUCAACUGUUACUCAAAGAUCUCAACGUGGAAAUAGCCGUGAAGAACGAGUGUACUUGA